UGAUGUAACUGGCCCCCUAAGGCGCCCAUCCCUGGGCCCCACACAUGCCGCCAGGCUCCCAGAACCUUCCCUGCACGCAAACUGGGGAGAUGCUGUAUUCUCCUGAGUUCCAUUCUGUGCAGGACUAUCUCAAUGCUGAGCCCCCACAAAAAAAAAAAAAAAGAAAGAAAGAAAGAAAGAAAAGAAAGAAAUUGUAAAAAUAUAUGCAAAUCAAGGCACUGGCCCAACAGAAUUGUUUUUAAUAAUUCGCUCUCAUUUCAGGAGGACAGGGGAGGAUGUCCCAGUCAGACCCCAGGAAGCCCUUCCUGUCCCAGAGCUGCCCGGCGGGUGAGGAGGGGUGGCUUGGUGGCCACUGUCUGAUGCAUACUGCAAGAACAAUAAGGAUUUUUAGGGGCAUUAUGACUGAGUCAGAGAACACAGCUGCCCCUGAAAGUCCCUCAUUUUUCUUGCUGUCCUUGAACGCUCUCCAGGUAAGUAAGCAAUCCACGGGCCGGCCCAGGGGAGCCGAGGUGGAGAGGGCGUCCCCUCACCAGACCCGGGCCACCCACCGCCCUCUGGCCCCUGAAGGCUCUGUGGGGGGUAGGGCAGCUGGCAGUCUCUGGGAGGCCAGCCUCACUGCCCCCACAGCAUGCUCAGGAAUGACCAGCCUUUCCUCCACCCCGAGCCAGCUCUAAACCCAGCACUUUCUGCCCACAGAGGGCGGGAGACUGGAAUGCACCAGAAUCCCAAGCGGCUGAGGGCAGUCCCAAGAAGCAGGGAAUGUAGUAAGACCUGUGAGAAGGGUCUUCCCCUGUGGGGCGUGGACCCAUCUUGUAGAGACUGAGCUCCAGCCGAGCCAAGGGAAAUUCACAGGCCUGACGUGGCAAUGGGAAUGCAGCCUUCUGCCCUAAGAUCACGGCCAUACACUCCUCCAGCAAAACCCAAGCUGUCCCCCACACACGAGGACCGAAGCCACCUGGCCCAUUCGACAACACGACGGCACCAUGCCUUGCCCGCUCAUAAGCCCCAGCCUCAGCCUUCUGCCCUAACCAGAUCACAGCCAUACACUCCUCCGGCAAAAGCCAAGCUGUCCCCCACACAUGAGGACCGAAGCCAUCUGGACCAUUCGAUGGCAGGAUGGCACCAUACUUGGCACGCUCAGAAGUCCCAGCCUGAGGUGUACUCAUUCAGGCAGCAUCGACAACUGCUUUCACACCGAAAGAGAAGAGCAGAGUUGCCACAGAGAGCAACCCUAUUUGGCUCCUCACAGGGAAACUUCGCUGACACCUGCUUCUGUUUUCUUGCAUUUGGAAUUUCACCUAAGGACCGGGAGCCUGCACCCAAGAACAGCCAGAAAGGACAAAAGCUGGGUCCUGGCUUCAUUCCCCGCAGACAGCCCCACGGCCACCAGGCACAAAAGCGAGCACUCAGGAGGCAUACGACAAUACGAACUACAUGAACUAGAUCACCAGAACGUUCUUCCUCAAAGAUCAGCCACUAACAUUACUGCAGACAAAUGUCAAAAAGUAGUAUCUGAACCCUGCCUUCAUGGACCCGCUCCACUGUCAGAAGAAACUGACAUAGAUGAGAAAUGUUUCCAAUUCCAUUUACCUGAGAUAAGGAAAACGAAACUGUUGUCUGGACACUGUGGCUGCCACAUGGGAAGGCACACGAGGUGUUUUGUGGGGAACAGGUGAGGGGGUGAUAGCCAAAACGGAAAACACAUGAUUAUUUCCCUCUGUGGGUACUUGCUCCAAACCUCCCUGUCGUUAAAGUUCCAUCUGGAAAUCUACAAUAAUUUAUAUCAUCCCAAGUUCCUAACAGCUAAUUAGAAAAAUGUACUAAUUAGGUAAUCUGGUUUCAGAUGUUCUAAUUAUAUUACUUUGGAGAAGAAAAAAAAAAAGUAAAAAAAAAACCCCAACAACCCAGUAUGGAUUAUUCUUAUGUAUAUAUAGUUCAAUAGCACUUCUUCCAGAGUGUAAAACAUCCAGAAAGUCUAGUAAGUCUGAAAAACCAAAACCCUCAAACCUUACAAUAGUCAUACCAGAAGAAUAUUUUAAUACCUAUUAUCUAUAAACAGUGGAAUCAUCUAUGAAAUGCAGCGUUUCUGCGGUAAAGGGUGAUAACUUAAAAGUAUUUCAGCAGUAACUCGCAUCAGCUGUCCUGGAAUUAAAUGGAUUCCCCCUUUUCAUGCAACAGGGUUUCAGCAUUCUGAAAUGUCAUACCCUCUGUUUCUUAACAGAGCACUCCUACAAAUGACUCCCAGAAAUUUCCUCAUCGCCUGAGAUUUCUAAACCCCAAAUUGGGAAAGAGGUUCUGGGCUCCACUGAUGAGCUCUGCCUAAGCCGGCUCUGGGCAGAUUUCUAGGAGGGAUUUUACGGCGGGCUUGGGAAACACGGUUAGCCUGACAAAACGUCUGGGGUAAGAAGGUGAGAGGGGAUGUGGGCGCAGAAGAGGGUCUGCACGCUGGAGAGAGCGCCUUGGAUAGGGCAUUCCCCCACCAAAGCCAACCACCUGGAGGGGCGUGGUCAGCGACCGUGGGCGCGGCCAGACCAACGCUCCCAACCAAUCAAAGCUGCCUGCGACCUCCAGGACUAUAUUUAGUCAGGGCUGACUACCCUUCAGGGGGAGGGGCUUGGGCAGGCCAAGCCCUGCCACCUGUGAGCGCGGGCGUCCGCAGCCCAGCCACCGCGGUGCAGACGUGCUAGGACACCACGACUCCUGGUGGAGAGAGGGCACAGGCAUCCUCUCUGGCACUUCCUCCAGCCCUCGGCGGGGCACGUGCUGCCCAUCUGACGAAUACCAUUUGCACGACAAGGAGGGACCAUGCUGGGCACAGGCAGGGCUGCGCAGAGCACCAGGGGCCGGCACUGACAAGGGCCACUCAAGUUAGUUUCACUUUCUGGUUUUCAUCCUGGGCCACCUCUCACCCUGAUGCAAGAAAAUAUCCUCUGAAUGCCA